AUGAAGGUAGCCUGGCUGGCCCUCGCAGCAGUUGCUGCCGCACAACAGGCCUACGUCGGAUCAGGUGCAGUCAUUCAGGGACAUAACGCAUCGCAGAACCCCAGUGUUACAGAAUGGCUAGGGGUUCCCUAUGCGCAGCCACCGAUCGGCCAAUUGCGAUUUGCACCGCCCCAGACUUACACGCCCAGGGGCUUACAAGUUGCCUCGAAAUAUGGAAACCAGUGCAUGUUUUCGGUGUCAAAGCUGGUCGACUAUCCUGAUAAAACACCGCAAUUUGACAGCAUCUUUGAGGCCUUUGCGGCCAUCAACAAUCACACCCAGAGUGAAGAUUGCUUGACUCUGAAUAUUUGGUCAAAGCUCAACUCGAGUAAACUCAAACCGGUCUAUGUUCAUUUCUAUGGUGGUCUUGAAUGGGUUAAGCAAAACAUUCGUGGAUUUGGCGGUGACCCAGAGCGCAUCGUCAUAUCUGGGCAGUCUUGUGGAAGUGCUUCUGUUGACUACUGGGCAUAUGCCUAUCAAUCUGAACCUCUGGUUGCUGGUCUGAUCUCGCAUUCCGGCACAGCCCUCAGCUUCCCAACCAACAAUAAGACAACUGCUGCACAGCAUUGGUAUACAGUUUCUGCUCAACUAGGCUGCGGAUCUUCGGGCGAUGUUCUUUCUUGCAUGAGACAACAGAAUGCGACUGCAAUUCUCACUGCUGCCAGCGCGGUGAAAGUUCCAACUACGAACCCUGCUAGGAAAGCUCCGGCUUUCCAACCCACUGUGGACGGCAUCACUGUUUUCGAAAACUAUACACUACUUUCGCAGCAAGGAAAAUUUGCCCGCAUCCCUUACUUGGUCGGACACAAUGCAAACGAGGCGGGAUUCUACAAGGUCUCAGCCUACGCACAGGGCUCUAUACUGACAGACCAGCAAUGGGACGACUUCAAUAUGCAAACUUUCUUCUGUCCAUCUAACCUCGAAGCCUCAGACCGAAGUCGCCGACACAUACCGACCUGGAGAUUUCAAUACAACGCGGACUGGGACAACACCCGCCUCUACCCCACGAGUGGAGCAUAUCACGGUGUAGAGUUUAACAUGAUAUUUGGCGAGUCCGCUGAAAUCACUGGCAUUGCUGAGUCUGAUGCGCAGUACCAGCUGCAGGACAAGAUGCGGUCGGCUUGGGGAGCAUUUAUUGCUGACCCGCAACACGGUUUAACAGCCCUGGGAUGGCCAACUUAUAAUCCACAGGGUAAGUUAUAA